CCCGCUAAAUUCACAAACCCAAUUCACUCCGAUUGCCAUUCUCAACAAAUCCGCCGACGACAGCACAAGAAUCCGCGCGAUGUUGCAGUCUUCCAUUACUCCGAUUCAAUCGCCCUCACCGAUUUUCAAUCAAAAAACUAAUGGCUUCCCAGUCCCUCCAUCAGUUGUCUUCCCCAUUGCCCGGCCGUCGACAUCUUUACGCCUACGAUCUCUCCCAGCAACCAGAAGCUCUAUCUCCUCUUCUUUUGAUCUCAAAGCCGGCAAAGGGAUGGAUAGUUUUCUAGAUAUUGAACUCAAAGUUCGUGAUUAUGAGCUGGAUCAAUUUGGAGUUGUGAACAAUGCUGUUUAUGCAAGUUAUUGCCAACAUGGUCGUCAUGAACUGCUGGAAAGUAUAGGCCUCAGUCCAGAUGCAGUUGCUCGUGAUGGAGAUGCAUUAGCUUUAUCAGAAUUGUCUUUGAAGUUCCUCGCACCACUUAGAAGUGGUGACAAAUUUGUUGUUAAAGUGAGGAUCUCGGGCAUAUCAGUUGCUCGCUUCUACAUUGAUCAUUUAAUUUUCAAGCUUCCAAAUAUGGAGCCAAUCUUGGAGGCGAAGGGUACAGCAGUUUGGCUUAACAAAAGUUAUCGCCCAGUGCGUAUUCCACAAGAGUUUCUAUCCAAAUUUGGUCAAUUUGUUCAAGAUCACGAGUCCAAGUGAUCAACUUUGAGAUGAUAUUUUGUAUCUUCUGGAGAAGGCUAAAAUAGGAGGUACUCAGCACAUAUCUGAUUCAUAUACCAAAGUCCAUCCAUAGUAAUGAAUAUUCUUGCGUUUUCUCAAACUGUAGUUCAUAUACACACAACAUCACUCUGAUUUUCAUAGGUUUUGCAGUGGUAAAAAGCAUAUUGUUCGAUGAAACGAACUAACUGAACAAGAUCUAUUCCAUAAGUUGUAGAUUUUUAUACAGGAUAAAAGUUUCAUACUGAUAUCCAUCUUCUCCAUCUGAGAAAGAAAAAAGUUGAAGCUUUUCAUAUUGGCACUCGAGAAUAUUUUCAAAUACAUAAUAUAUAUAUAUAUAUACACUGUUUUCACCACUUUGUAA